AUGAAAUCAACUUUUGACAGCAUGAUUGGAACUUACUUAGUGAAAACAAAAACUGAAUACAGGGUAUUACAUGACAAAAUGUUUGACUUUUUAUGUUCUUAUUUUGGUUCGAAAGAUACACUGGUCAGAUGUAUAUUGCGCUAUUCAGACAUCCGAGUUUUCAAUGAAAGAACACAAUUAGAAUCCAUCAAUGAAAAACAUGACAAAUUUUCUAUAUUGAUACCAAAGAGAUAUGAAAAGGAAUACUUUGAAAGAAUAACAAAUGAUUUACAACUUGGACAAAUAAAUCAAUGCUUUUGUAAUUCACAGAUGAAACAUGAAAAAUAUAGAGCCAAAUUUCUCAAAGUAUUACAGACAAAAGACAACAACUUUAUUUUUGAACAAAUGUUUUCGAAAAAAUGUUUGCAAUAUACUCACAAGCAUAACACAAAAGAAGAUUCUUCAGAUGAUUAUGACGAUUGCGAUCUGUCCGAACCUUUAAUAACAUCGUGCUAUCGAGGAUAUUAUGAUAUAGUUCAUUUCUUUAUGACCAAACAUGUUGAUCUAAAGAACUGUUAUUCAUUUAAUACACCAAUGACAGCUGCAUGUUACGGAGGUCAUGAGAAAAUAGUACAGUUUUUAAUACGAAGAGGAUGUGAUGUUACCCAGGCUGAUGGUAUGAAAAAAACACCUAUGACAGCUGCUUGUUUGAUGGGAAAUGAGAAGAUAGUCCAGUUACUAAUUGACAAAGGAUGUGAUGUUAACCAGGCUGAUGGUACGAAAGAAACACCUAUGACAGCUGCAUGUCGGGGUGAAAAUGAGAAGAUAGUCAAGUUACUAAUUGAUAAAGGAAGUAAUAUGACCCAGGCUGAUGGUACGAACGAUACACAUAUAGCAGCUUGUUUGGGAGGAAAUGAGAAGAUAGUCCAGUUAAUUAUUGACAAAGGAUGUGAUGGGACCCAGGCUGAUGGUACGAACAAUACACCUAUGACAGCUGCUUGUAGUGGUGGAAAUCAGAAGAUAGCACAGUCACCUAUUGACAAAGGAUGUGAUGUUACCCAGCCUGAUGGUAUUAGACAGACACCUAUGACAGUUGCUUGUUUGGUAGGAAAUGAGAAUAUAGUACAGUUACUUAUUGACAAAGGAUGUGAUGUUACCCAGACUGAUUGUAUGGAGGAAACACCAAUGACAGCUGCUUGUCGGGGAGGAAAUGAGAAGAUUGUACAGUUACUUAUUGACAAAGGAUGUGAUGUUACCAAGGCUGAUGGUACGAAACAAACACCUAUGACAGCUGCUUGUUGGGGAGGAAAUGAGAAGAUAGUCCAAUUACUUAUUGACAAAGGAUUUGAUGUUACAUGUACCCAGGCUGAUGGUAGGGGACAUACACCUAUGACAACUGCUUGUUGGAUAGGAAAUGAGAAGAUUGUACAGUUACUUAUUGACAAUGGAUGUCAUGUUAACCAGGCUGUUGGUAUGAGACAGACACCUAUGAUAACUGCUUGUAGGGGAGGACAUACGAAGAUAGCACAGUUACUUAUUGACAAAGGAUGUGAUGUUACCCAGCCUGAUGGUAUGGGACAGACACCUAUGACAGUUGCUUGUUUGAUAGGAAAUGAGAAUAUAGUACAGUUACUUAUUGACAAAGGAUGUGAUGUUACCCAGGCUGAUUGUACGGAGGAAACACCAAUGACAGCUGCGUGUCGGGGAGGAAAUGAGAAGAUUGUACAAUUACUUAUUGACAAGGGAUGUGAUGUUACCCAGGCUGAUGGAACGAAACUAACACCUAUGAGAGCUGCUUGUUUGGGAGGAAAUGAGAAGAUAGUCCAAUUACUUAUUGACAAAGGAUGUGAUGUUACAUGUACCAAGGAUGAUGGUAUGGGACAUACACCUAUGACAACUGCUUGUUGGUUAGGAAAUGAGAAGAUUGUACAGUUACUUAUUGACAAUGGACAUGAUGUUAAACAGGCUUUUCGUAGGGGGCAGACACCUAUGAUAGUUGUUGCUUGUUUGAUAGGAAAUCAGAAGAUAGCACAGUUACAUAUUGACAAUGGAAGUGAUGUUAACCAGGCUGAUGGUAUGGAGCAGACACCUAUGACAGUUGCUUGUGGGGGAGGAAAUGAGAAUAUAGUCCAGUUACUUAUUGACAAAGGAUGUGAUGUUACCCAGGCUGGUGGUACGAAACAAACACCUAUGACAGCUGCUUGUUUGGUAGGAAAUGAGAAGAUUGUACAGUUACUUAUUGCAAAUGGUUGUGAUGUUACAUGUACCCAGGCUGAUGGUAUGGGACGUACACCCAUGACAACUGCUUGUUGGGUUGGAAAUGAGAAGAUUGUACAGUUACUAAUUGACAAUGGAUGUGGUGUUAAACAGGCUGAUGGUAGGGGGCAGACACCUAUGAUUGUUGCUUGUUUGAUAGGAAAUCAGAAGAUAACACAAUUACUUAUUGACAAUGGAUGUGAUGUUAACCAGGCUGAUGGUAGAGGACAGACACCAAUGACAGCUACUUGUCGGGGAGGAAAUGAGAAGAUUGUACAGUUACUUAUUGACAAAGGAUGUGAUGUUAACCAGGCUGAUGGUAUGGGACAGACACCAAUGACAGCUGUUUGUCCGGGUGGAAAUGAGAAGAUUGUACAGUUACUAAUUGACAAAGGAUGUGAUGUUACCCAGGCUGAUGGUAGGGGACAGACACCCAUGACAGCUGCUUGUAUGAAAGGAAAUGCGAAUAUAGUACAGUUACUUAUUGACAAAGGAUGUAAUGUUACCCAGACUGAUUGUAUGGAGGAAACACCAAUGACAGCUGCUUGUCGGGGAGGAAAUGAGAAGAUUGUACAGUUACUUAUUGACAGAGGAUGUGAUGUUACCAAGGCUGAUGGUACGAAACAAACACCUAUGACAGCUGCUUGUUGGGGAGGAAAUGAGAAGAUCGUCCAAUUACUUAUUGACAAAGGAUGUGAUGUUACAUAUACCCAGGCUGAUGGUAUAAGACAUACACCUAUGACAACUGCUUGUUGGGUAGGAAAUGAGAAGAUUGUACAGUUACUUAUUGACAAUGGAUGUGAUGUCAAACAGGCUGAUGGUAGGGGGCAGACACCUAUGACAGUUGCUUGUUUGAUAGGAAAUCAGAAGAUAGCACAGUUACUUAUUGACAAUGGAUGUGAUGUUAACCAGGCUGAUGUUAUGGGACAGACACCAAUGACAGCUGCUUGUCUGGGAGGAAAUGAGAAGAUUGUACAGUUACUAAUUGACAAAGGAUGUGAUGUUACCCAGGCUGUUGGUAGGGGACAUACACCAAUGACAGCUGCUUGUAUGAUAGGAAAUGAGAAUAUAGUACAGUUACUUAUUGACAAAGGAUGUGAUGUUACCCAGGCUGAUGGUAGGGGACAGACACCCAUGGCAGCUGCUUGUAUGAUAGGAAAUGCUAAUAUAGUACAGGUACUUAUUGACAAAGGAUGUGAUGUUACCCAGGCUGUUGGUAAUGGACAGACACCUAAGACAGCUUCUUGUUGA